CUUGUCGUGGUGGGUGGGGACGGUCAUUGCUUCUGGACACACAGAGACAGACAGGAUGGAUUUCCUCCGGCUGCAUCUCCCUGGGCUGCAUCAGGCCUUGAGGGGGGCACUGGAUUCCUUCAGCACCUUUGUGUCCUACCUUAUAGGAGAUGAGGUCCCCACUGCAGAGAGGAGGGAGUCGCCGCCAGCUGAGGAACUGGGGGAGGUGGCCACAGGAAGACCAGGGAAGGCUGUAGAGGAGGAAGCCCAGGAGGCCCUGGAGGGCCUUGGAGACAGCCAAAGUAAAGGCAAUGGAGGACUGAGUGGGCCCAGAGAGGCUAGAAGACGCCCGGAGGGAAGCUCAGCUACAGAACAGACCUGGGCUUGGGGAGAAGGCAGCUCCCAUGGAUCUCAAGCAGAGAGGCAGGACACGGGGGCCUGGGAGCCCAGUGCCCCUGUGGAGGCCAGAAGGGAGUCUCAGGUAGGGUCUGAGGCUGGUGGAAGUAGGAGCAGCCAAGCUCAGGAGAGUCGGGAGCAUAAUGAGCAGGAAGUACACAGAAAGGAGACACUGAGAACCUGGGAACAGGAGGAGGAGGAGGAAGAGGUCAGGGCAGGAGAGCCAGCGGGGGCUGGAGGGGUGGAGUCAGAGUGGACCUGGCACAAGGAGCCUGAGGGGAAGGCUGGUGCUGAGGGGCAGAAGGGGGCGAGGCAUGGCAGGGACUUAGAAAGGGCAGCCAAGGAGGCAGUUGCAGAGGGGAUCCAGGGGCCUGGGGCCAAAGAGGCUGGGAGGGAAGAAGAGGUGGUGGUGGUGGUGGUGAGGGAGGGCCAAAGCAGCAGGGCACAGGGCACACAGGAGCCAGGGGAAGAAUCUGAGGAUGGGGCAACCUCGGGCAGAGAGGAGGCCAGGACAUUCUCAGAUGGAGAGGAGGCCAGGACAACCUCAGGCAGGGAGGAGGCCUGGACAACCUUAGGCAGGGAGGAGGCCAGAACCACCUCAGAUGGAGAGGAGGCUGACCUCCCAGGACUCGGGGAGACAGAAUGUGGGGCAGUCCCAGGAGAUAGGAUCCCAGAGGGGACUGUGAGCAUCUGGGCCCUAGAGAAGGCCUCUAAGGGAGACCAGGAGGAGGCAGUGGAUGAAAAUGGAGAGGCUGAAGUGAGCCUAUUCCCCCUCUUCCCAAAACAGACCCAGGUCCUAGGAACUGAGAGAGUGGAAGAAGCAGCUAAGGAUCAGACAGCAGGGAGGGAGGCUGCAGGCCAGCAGUCAGAGGGGGAGGUGGGGGCGGGCUUUGAGAGUCAGGCCCAUCAGGGCUGGAAGGAGGCCAAGGAGAGGCGAGACUCAGAGAUCAGGGCUGCUCCGGCCAGCCUGGAGGUGUUGCAGGCACCGGAGGCCACAGAGGAGCAAGAGGGGUGCCUGGCCGUAGAGGCUGAGCUGCCCCCGGACAAAGCGGCAAAUGAGGCUGAAGAUGAGGUUGGCUUGGAGGCCACCCCAGAGGCCAGACCUGAGAAGGAGUUCAGGGAGGAGAGGAGUGAGGAGGUGGCUCAAAUGGGUCGAGAAGCAUUGUGGGUAGAGCGUGGUAGCCUGGAGCACAAGGUCACUGAAGCCCAGGAACGUGAUCUGAGGGGAGGCCCCCAGGCCCCAAUAGAACAACCUGAGAAGGGACAAGGCAAUAAGGAAGAGCUCUGGAGCAUUCCGUCCCUGAGCAAAGAGGGCCCAGAAAGGAGCCUGGAGGAAUAUCCCAGGAACAUGGGGUAUGGAAAGCCUGAUGCCUCUGAGGCAGGAGCCUGGGAAAGCCAGAGGAGAAGGGAUGUAGAGAGAGGGGAUAGCCAGGAGGAAGAAGCAGAUACUGAAGAGGGGGAGGAAGAGGCUGCAGAAAGCCCAGAGUCUGCACUCCCAGAAGUCUUGGAGGCAGGCAGAGAGUGGGAGAAGGCAAAGGAAGCAGGUUGUGGAGCAGAGAGCCAGGAGCUGGGUGGAAGGCAGAGGGCAGGCCAGCCACUGACAGAACCAUAUGCCAGAAAAACCGAGGAUGAGGAGGUAGAGGCCGCAGGGCCCUGGGAGGCAGACAGCACAUCCAAGGGAGGCUGGAGGCUGGAGGGGGCGGCUCUGAGCCCCCAGCACAGGGAGGACACAUGGACCAGUUCUUUGGCUGCCGAGAUUGUGGAGGCUAAGGCAUCUUUGGAUGGAAGGGCGGCUGGGACUGGGGAAGGGCCCGAAAGAGAGGCUGGGGAAGCUUGGGAUGGGGCAUUUGGGAGAGGCUGUGAGCCAGAAGGGAGAGAAGAAACUGGCAGAAGUGAGGAGCUGGGGGAGGCUGCAGAGGGAGACGACAGAGGUGGGAAGGAGUUUGGCCUGGAGGGCCCAGCAGAGAAGGAGGUUACUGGCACAGGUGGCCAAGCAGAGGCUUUGGAGGCCCGGGAGGGUGAGCCAGGGACAGCGUGGACGCAGGCUGGGGUACCUGCUGUGGCAGAUGGACGCUGGGAGAUGGAUGGCUUUACCUCAGGCUCCCAGGCAGCGAGGGCAGAGGGGACCAUGGCCAUUGUGGAGGCCGAAGGGCUCCCAGGAGAGCAGACGCUGGUAGCAAAAGAGGCUGAGGUAUGGCAGGCAAGGGAGCAGGGGCAAGACGGCGAGGGGCAGCGUGGGGACCACGCCCCUGAGGGACAGGCACCAAAGCCCUGUGAUGCGGAGAAUGUCGAGCUGACUGGACGCAAGAGGGCAGAGGCCCUUGAUGCAGAAGGCCUGGAGGACGCCCAGGGCCUGGAGGACCAGUCCUCAAACCAGCAGCCUGCAGAGGCUGAGCCUGGGCCAUGCGGAGAGCCUGCAGGAAGUACUGAAGGGGACGACGCUCAUGGCAGCUGGAGUGAGGCCCUGCUGCCUGGGUCUCGCCUGGAUCUGUCUGUCCCACGGAGCCGUGUCCUCCUGUCCCGAAGCUCCUCCCAGCGUCGUCGCUCCCGGCCCUCUUUCCGACGGACCCCCACCCCUGAGCAGCAGGUAGAGCCUCCCAGCCCUCCACCAGAGGAAGAAGCGCUGUCAGCCGUGGGGCAGAGACUUCUCCAGUCAGAGGAACCUCCAGAGCCAAGCCCCCCAAGGCCUGAAGGGACCCCAGUGCCCGCCAGGAGAAGACCCGUGGGCCAUGGGUUUGGCCUUGCACACCCGGGCAUGAUGCAGGAACUGCAAGCCAGGCUGGGCCGGCCGAAGCCCCAGUGACCGGGCACCUGGACCCGGCAGCCAGGCCCCGAGAAGGGUCAGAGGGCUCGGUGGAUCCUGGCUCACCCUGACCCCCCUCAGCCAUUUGGACGCACCCAUUCCACCCCGCGGACCUUAGUUUCUUGGUGUUUCAUUCGCGGGCAGACAGAACUAGACAUCUUCGAGAACCAUGAGCUUAAAGAGGCUGACUCUCCAAUGCGGCUCAUGGACCAGCUGCCCCGUUGGGACCACCUUUCAUGGCCUGUCCCCAACCCGUCUCUGAGGCUGCCCAGAGGACUGAGAGGGGACAGAGCCAGGCCUCCCCAUGCCUUCUCUCUCUGACUACACCUCCUCCCCACCCUGUCCCCCAAACCCCUCCCCAAGCCCUCAGAAGGCUGUGUAGGGGUAACACAAGCUUUUGGGGUGGGAGCCAGUCCGGAGCAAAGGGAUGAGGAGGGCCUGUGGAGCUCCAUUUGCAAUCGCAGACUGCUGGGAAGCAGACCCACCACCUUGAACUUCCAAAAUGGGAGCUCAGCCUCGGAACGCGGCCGGUUACUGCGGCGAAGGCCAACUGAGCGAGCCAGAGUGGGGGAAGGCGGGCCAGGAACCCCAAACAUGGAGGAAAAGAGGGGGGUCUAGAGUGGCCAGAGGCUGCAGAGUCCAUUUCAGGCCCCCUUUAAGCGUCAGACACCCUUUCUCUGAAAAGAAGCUGAAGCAGAGAGAAGGUGAGAGUGCUUUAUUUGGCACCCAGCAUGGAGGCCUAGCCCAAGGACAGACAGCAGGCCCUGGAACAAUAAAUAAACCAUCAUUUCCCUAAACAAUAAAUAAAUAUCCA